UUGCCAGUGACGCCCACAUCCCGUACACGAGUUUAAAAAAGUACAACUAUUCAUUUCCCAAAAUAAAUUGGUCACAUGGCCAAGAGUAUAAAUAAGAACAGCUUGGUGUAAAUCCAGCCCAGUAAUGUACUGUCUGAUGCGUACACACAAAGCUUUUAUUUCCCAAUAAGUUUGAUAACUUCAUGGGCUCGUUUUCUGUAGCGGGAUGGCAGAGAUCGUUUUAAAGGUUCGAACCCAUGAAAAAGCGCGUGCACGUAUUGUGAAGAGACGGUUGCCUCAACCGCAUAAUUUGCUGAACUUUACAACCAGUCCCUGGCAAUAGUUGAAUAUGAUGACACGGUUUGAGGAGUGUAAAAAGCAACACCGGCAGCAGCCGCAGCAGCAGCAGCAGGGCGGACGCGUGCAGGCGCGGCUGCGACCCGAGAGCAGCUCGCGGCUCCUCGACCGCCCCGAGCAAGAGCCGGCCGCGUGCACGCGCGCCAGUUUCGAGGAAGAGCAGCCGGCGCAAGGUCGGGAUUGCUUGAAGACCAACGCGAAUCCGGUCGACUUUGGCGCGUCGGACUCUUUGCUCCCUUGGCUGGACGAGGGAAACGGAACUGCACCAUGCAAGCGAGUAAGCGAUAGGGAGCAAGCGAGUUUACCCGAGACUUGUUAUCAUGCUUCAGGAGUGAAAAACAUGGAAAACGAACCCGACACCGGGGCUCCCGACGCUGGCACCACGCGCCGGCUGAAGCCGGUCGCUGCGGAACCUCACGGCGGCACGAGUGGGAUUCAACAGCUCGUGCAAGGUGACAGCGCGGGCGGGUCGGUUAUGGAACCUGACCGCGCGACUGAGCUCCAACGGCUGCUUGUGCGACCUGGCGGCGCGAGCGGGCUGCCGGCGGGACGCCUGGGGGCUCCUGACAGUUCUGGAGGCUGCUGCGCGAAGCCGCUUGGGGAGCUUGACAACUGCGAGGGCGGGAGCGCGCCCCCGGCGGAGUGGGACUGCGCGGAACCACCGCGCAAACGCCCGUGUUCCCAAGCAGUCAAUAAACACGCGGACAUGUCGUUUGACACGUACAGCACGAACUCUCCACAUGCCAACACGGUUCGCAGUAUUCCACUGGUGCCAACCCAAAUGCCAACACUGCAUGGAGAUCCUUCUUUGGACCCCGUGAAUAAACUUUUCACUGAGAGUUCAAAUAGUUUAGAAAGUGACAGACUGAAAAGAAAUGCAAAUUCCGAGGAUGAAGUACCAAAAUGCUCUAAGGAAAUUUCGAAUAAACAAGUAAAAUGUGAUUCAUGGGUGGUAUCUGAAACCCUGAAUAAACAUCGUUGCCCUAAAACAACAACCAAUAAGAGAAUCAAUUUAUCCAGGCUGGUGUUAGAGCAUAUAGUACCUUGUAUGAAUCAAUACGGCUUAUGCUUUGUGGAUGACUUCUUGGGGCACAAAAUUGGUGACAAAAUUUUGCAAGAAGUCAUUGCUCUUCAUCAGAGUGGCAAUUUUGAGGAUGGAGCGCUUGCAGGUCAGAGUACUAGUUCAGAUAAAGAAUUAACUGCUUCAACCAAUAAAACUAUUCGUGGAGACAAAAUAAUGUGGGUGCAGGGGACUGAACCCGGCUGUGCAUCUAUAGGACAACUUCUACAGAGAAUGGAUAAACUUAUAUUGCAUGCCGAUGGGAAACUUGGGCACUACAAAAUUAGAGGGAGACACAAGGAGGAAACAAGAACAAGCAGGUGCCAGCUUUUGAGUCGUAACGGAAGAAGGGCUGACUCGUGUAUGCACCAUGCAGAUAGAUUCCAUGCAAUGGUGGCCUGCUACCCAGGGAAUGGAACAGGAUAUGUUCGACAUGUUGAUAACCCAACUGGUGAUGGACGUUGUGUGACGUGUAUUUAUUACCUGAAUAAAAACUGGGAUGCAAAGGUUGACGGCGGUAUUCUUCGAAUAGUUCCAGAAGGAAAGUCCUAUGUAGUUGAUGUUGAGCCGAUUUUUGAUAGAUUGUUGUUGUUCUGGUCUGAUCGAAGAAAUCCGCAUGAAGUACAACCAACAUAUUCUGUCAGAUAUGCCAUAACCGUGUGGUACUUUGAUGCAGAGGAGAGGGCUGAAGCAAGAACAAGGUACCGAAAUCGAGCAGCUUCUGAACAAGCUACAACAUUUUCUUCAUGACAACAACCAAGUUGAAACUUGACCAGUGAUCCGAGCAUCUGAAUGCUGUUAAUUCACAUGACAUUUUCAGCAGCUCCAAAGACAAUUCCCUUCACAAUAAUCCCACUUGAUGCUUUGCUUUUGAAUGAUCUUUUGUGCAUCAACUUACAUUUCUAGCUACAAUAGAGAUGGUACAGGCUGCUGUUUAGCCUACUUUUCAGCAAAAAUAAUCUGCAAACCAGAAUUGCACAAAGCAGAAUUCUGUAUCAACUUUCUUAAACUUAGUUAUAAGAUCUAUUCCAAUGUUUCUCAUAAGAUUGACGUGUUUAAAUAUUAUCAUCAUUAGGUCUAAUAGUGCACCUUAUUCAAGAUUGAAAUGGUAUUGACUAAUCCAUUUAAAUGCUAUUUGUUUUUCCUCUAUUUAAAAGCAGUUGAAUGAUUAUUUAUGGCAAUUUUUUUCUGUUUCAAUAUUUGAAGAUUUGAUCAUUAUCUACUGAUUUGUUCCACAUUUUUCGUGCUAUGUAAAUUAAACUGGUACCUUCAGCUUUGUUUGAAUUUUCUCUAUUUAUGUGGAAGUUAAAUAUCGCUAAAUUUCUAGUUACAAUGAAUAAUCUUUAUUGCACUUCAUUGUGAUUUUAUGUUAGUAAACUAUCUCUAUAUGCUUAAACCACAAGGAAUUUAUUUGUUGAGAAACACUGUGGUUAAUUAAAUUGAAUUUGUAAUAAUUUUGUCUGAUGAUGACUACAAUAUGAUGUGAAAUUCUUGCUGCUGCUGCCUCUAAUAGUGAAGCAUAGUUCUGUGGGAAUUUCUAAAAUAAAUUGAAUGUGAGCUUCAAAGUUACUGCAUUUAUAGCUGGAUGCUACCUUGUUUGCUGGCCAACAUUUUGGCAAUCCAGCGGAGGCAGUAAACAAGUUGUGUUGGAAGGUAGCAUUUAAAAAAAAAUUGGAGUUUUGUCUCCAGACUCUUGUCUUCAGAUACUAAAGUGGCCCCUCCAGUCAAGACAAAGAUCUAUUUUACACAAAUAUGGUUGUGUGCAUUUUGUUUGUGUGCAUCUUCUGCUCACGUUGUAUCAUUAUUAAAUGAUUCAGUCAUUAACCUUUA